AGCCGGUCUUCAUACAGAUCUUGAGAGUCGAGCAAAACAAAAACCACCAUAAACACCACCGAGUUGAGCGCAACCAAAAACCCACAAGAACCACCGAGUUGAGCCAAAGCAAAAAACCACUAAAACCACUGAGUCGAGCGAAUCUCCAAGCUCCUCCAAAUAAUCAACCUCCUCAAAUCCCCAAGCUCCUCUCACGCUCCUCAACCCUCCUCUAAAAAAAACCCCCACUCCUCCAAAAUGAAUCGCAAGAAUCUCAAAGCUUUUGCAUCAAAGCUCCAAUCACGAAGCGUCGUGUUCAUCGCUUCAGCCAUGGCCCACCAUUAUCCACCAGCCAAAAUGGCCUAUACUCUUCCAUCUCGAUCAGGGAAGGUCGAACAAAAUACCAACAACAACAACAACAACAACAACAACAACAACAAGAACGGGCAAACGGCAACAGCCCUAGCAAGCUCAGCCUCAACCCGCCUAACCCGCCCAAAAGACCUCUACAGCCAGCCCAACAACUACGCAAAGCUCGUCCUGGAUGCAUUCUGCAGCGGCAAGCCCGUGUCCUGCGUCUGCCUGCCGAUGAAAGGCGACCGGCUGCGCGCGCACCUCCAGGGGCCAUACCCGACCACCCACGGAACCCAGUUCCGGGCCGACGACAUCGAGUACGUCAUCCACCUGCUCGAGGGCAUGAGCCGGUGCGAGACCUGCCUCCGCGAGCUGCCAAGCAUGGCGCAGCUGCAUGGGCUCAGCACCGAGACGAUCGAGCGAUCCCGGCUGUUCUACCAGUCGCUGCAUCAGGCAUUUGUGGGGAGUGCAGAACUCCAGAUCGACAUGUACUACUGCUCGUUCGCGGUGGAGCAGAUGGAGCGGAUGGCGGCGAGCAUCGGGCGGAUUAUUGCGGCGGCCAGUGCGAAGCCGCGGUUUGAUCGGGAUGCCUGGUAUGUGGUGUUGAACCAGGCGGAGCGGCUGAUGAAGGCGGCUACGACGUUGCAGGAGAGGGUGGAGCAGGCUGCUCGGUUCUGAAGGGGUGCCUGGAAGGCGGAACGUCCCGAUGGCGACACGUGAAGGAGGGACGGUGUCGAUGUGACAACAUUCUUACAACGUUGAAUGGGGAAUGAGCUAUACGAUACAAAGCCUUACGCCAAACAUCCGUACGGCAAACAAGCUUCGACAAAGACUUUACAAUAUACAUCGUUGCGACAGAUAGCACUCAUACGACAGAUAGCCUCUAUGGCAAAACAUCCAUACGACAGAGGACCCAAACAAACGGCAAACCUGAUUAUGGAGGGACGAUCCAAAAGAGGAUCACCUAGAUGAGACACGCGGAGGCAUUGACGAUGGUUUUGGGGGAACGCUGUCUGAAGGACAAUCAUGUGUAUCAAACUUAUGUAUAAAGCCAGCCUUACAGCGGCAGUCAGCGGAACAAGAGAUCAGAAAAC